UUGAAAAGAGCCCUUUCCCGCAAUGUCAUUCAAAACAAUCGAGUGGGAUUCCAGCAUUUGAGCGGCCCGGACGGACGGACGGACGGACAAACAAACGCAACAGCGGCAAAACAUGUUUUGAUGCAAUGCUUUGAAAGGCAUCUGACAGCGAGGUGUCCCUCCCGCGAGGACGUCCGUCCGUGGAGGUUCCCUCCCCCAAGCGCCCCGUGUUUUUUCACACCUCAACCCAUUAGCGAGCGAUGUGUGAAGACAACAUGCGAGGCUCUCGACACGCUUGUUAUUCUUCAUCCGCUGGCUGACGUCACCACCGUCCCGGAGCCGACCGACCGAGCGACCUUUGCGGCCUUUCGACUGCUUUUGCCAAAGGGAAAAUGACAAAUGUUCAAGACGAAAGGUCUGAAAAUUCAGCCCCGCCCGCGGCCAUUGUCAUCUUUAAUUUCGUUGUACAUGUGACAAUGACAAGAAAGAUCGAUCUAUCUAUGAUCACGAGAAGAGCUGCCAAACGUUCUCGAGGACUUUGGGACAAUGGCGCAAGUUAAGAAUGGAGAAGAAUGAGCCAAUCCCGGACACGGCCGCUUGCUCUGCUUUUCGGACUUUUCAAAAUCCCAAAUGGCCUCCGAUGAGGAAUUUGUGUUUGGCUUCAUGGAGAUGCACCUGCUUGGAGGCCAAAAGCUCUCAGUAGCUGCCUGCUCUAGCUUGAAGCAAGGCCAAGGCAUAGUGACUCCAACGUUCUGACAAGAUGGCCUCUCCUCCACGGCAACUCUUGUCUUGAAUUGCCCAAGUCAGAAGGUCAGCCGAGCUCCUGAAUCGAAUUGCCUCUUUUCGAACUCCUGCUAUUGUAAAAGCACGCACGCACGCAAGGCAAAGAAAGAAGGGUGUCAAAUCCACUGUAUGGCUUAGCGUGAUGUCAUACUUUGAAGCAACUUUGAUCCUGUGGGAGUUGCCCGACCGAGCGACCGAGGGAGGGAGGGAGGGGCCAGGGCGCAUAAACGCGGCGGCCGGCCGGAGGUGGCCGCACAACGCGGGCCGAGCAUGGAGCCGGGGGAGGCGUGCUUCCCGCAGCUGGGCAACCUGUCGUGCCGGAAGCCCCCGUCGCUGCCGGGCGUCCUGCUGCCGGCCGUCCUGCUGCCGGCCGUCUGCCUGCUCACCGUGCUGCUCAACCUGCUGGUGGUGGUGGCCAUCUCCCACUUCAGGCGUCUGCGCAGCCCCACCAACCUGCUCCUGCUCUCGCUGGCCGUGUCCGACCUGCUGGUGGGCCUGCUGGUGUGGCCGGGCGAGAUCUACGUGAGCGCCGGCUGCUGGGCUUUGGGCGACGUGGCCUGCUUGGCAUACCACUGCGUGGCCUUCACGGCGACGUCGGCCUCGGUGGGGCACAUGGUGCUGAUCUCGGCCGAGCGCUACGUGGCCAUCUGCCGCCCGCUGCGUUACAACCUCGCGGUGACGCUGAGGCGAGUUCAAGGCUGCGUGUGUCUCUGCUGGCUUUUGUCCGUCCUGCACACCGGCGUCCUUCUGAGGGCUCAGCUGGCCCGGCCGCAAAAGACCAGCCAGUCUUGCUACGGCCAGUGCUUGAUCGAGCUGGAUCUGGAGGCGGGGCUCCAGGACCUCCUGCUGACCUUCGUCCUUCCCCUCUGCACCAUGGUGGCUCUGUACUCGUGCGUGUUUGCGGCGGCCCUGUCUCAGGCGCGGGCCGCGCGCUCCCGGGUCGCGUGCGGCAAAGCGCGCCGUUCCGGAGCCAAGAAGUCGGAGCUGAAGGCGGCCAGGACUCUCGGGGUGCUGGUCCUGGUCUUCCUGAUGUGCUUUUGUCCAUUUUACAUCUACUCUCUGGCGGGCGGGCUGAGCUUUUCAUCGUCGGCGGCGCAAUAUUUGCUCUACCUGUUUGACUUCAACUCGUGCGCCAACCCCUUGAUCUACGCGUUGUUCUACCCGUGGUUCCGAAGAGCCGCCGGCCACGUGGUGACGCUGCGCAUACUGCGGCCGGGCUCCCGGGGACUGGCGCUCUGACGUGCGAACGAAGAAGCGCGUCUGCUCUGCACCAGUCGAAAGCCAUCUCAAUUUCAGCAAGGCGAAUCAAACGUCAAUCGCGACACCCUCAACAGUUGGCAGGAUUGGAGUUGUCGUCGUCGACGCGCCCAUCGAAUGGAUGGGAAACUCCGCCAAAAAAAACACCCCAUUGUUUCCUGACAUCGGCUGGAACAAUGAAAGCACUUGACGUGUGUGUGUGUGGCGAUGCAGACAGCAAGCCGCCCAACGGUUCUGCUCGCAGUAAACCAGCCGCCUGCCCGAACGCCCGCCGGCUCUGCUCGCAGUUUGGACCGCGUCCAAAAU